ACCCUACAAUCACUCAAAAGAGGUAUCAUCAUUCAAGAGCUUCUGGAGCUUGCUAGAAGGGCAACAAAGCCACAGAAAGCACCAAGACUAACGUGAGGAAAUUGUCUAAACUUGGUACAAAUCGGGAACUGUAAAAUAUUGCCAAAUCCCUAACGACAUUCUCCGGCUAAAUUUCAGCCCCGGAAUCAUGGCUGAUUGGACGUUGUCAAGUGUCCUUGUACGACACGUAGUGCCUCUGCUGUAAGGUUAUUCUACCGCCACCCCCUACACGAGGAGAAUUAAUUACUUGUGUUCGUUAGUUUUAUUCCAAUUCGUUAAUGGUAACUUAACGAUUGUCACUAUCACUGACAUUAGUAUAUCAUUUCGAAACGUUUAUAUGUGCCUUAUCGUGCUGUUACAAUUUCCGUCUCCUGUCUAUAGAAAUUGUACAAUUACCUACCGUUAAUAUAAUUUGAUAACAAACAAAUAACCAGUGUGCACGUAUUUAACUCAAAAUGGUUGAAGAACUUGUUAUGCCCGAAGUGAGAUUGUGCCCAAAGACUUUGUCAACCUAUAAAUAAUUAAUAAACGAUAAACAACAGUAAUUGUAAACAUAAGUUGGUAAUAUUGGAAAAGGUAAAAACGCUCAUUGGCCAAGGAUGACAUCUCGUAACCUGACGAGCAUGCACGUGUUUCAAUAAGUCUGUACGUAUCAAAAUAAUGGCAGAUUUUAACCGAAACAGUGCGCUCCCAGAACCCACUCCCGCACGCAAUGUUCUACCCCAAGUGAUAGCAGUGAGUGUGAAAAAUGUGCUUCUUUUUGCGGGAGGAAUGAGUACUGCCUACCCUACUAUACUGAUACCCGCGUUAACCAAUCCACAAGUUGAUUCCAACUUUCAGUUGAACCACGAAGAAGUGUCGUGGAUCGGAUCCACAAAUUUAAUAUGCGCCUUAAUAGGAUGCUCGUUAUCGGGAGUUGUCACACAGCCAAUUGGACGUAAGGGAUUUAUGCAGGUGGUGACCGUACCGUUAUUGGUGGCGUGGUUGAUUUUUAAAUUUGCUGAUCAAAUGUGGCACAUAUAUUUCGCAUUGGCUCUGUACGGAUUAUCAUCGGGACUGAUUGAGGCACCGGUGCUAUCCUACGUGGCGGAAGUAACACAACCUCGUGUCAGAGGAAUGCUCUCUGCAACUGGAACGUUAUCGUCAGUCUGUGGAGUACUUGUGGAGUUUUUUCUGGGUACUGUCCUGCCAUGGAGGAACAUCGCCUUGGUCUCAAGCGCAAUUCCAUUGGUGGCGUUUUUCCUCUUAUGUUUCAUACCUGAAAGUCCGCAUUGGCUGGUUAUGCGUCAUAAAUUGGCAGACGCUAAAAGAAGUUUGGCAUGGCUACGAGGCUGGACUGCAGUAGAAAACGUGCGGGAAGAGUUCGAGCAGAUGUGUCAAAAUCAUAAUGUAACCUACAGCCAGACUGGCAGUGCGAACGUAUUUACAAUAUCCGAGGGACCAUCUAGGACACUAAGGACCGUAAAUCUAAAGCCGUACGCGCAGAAAAGUUUUAUUUGGCCAUUUGGCUUAGUGGCGUUUAUUUGUUUUUUGUGCGGCUUUACGGGGUUUUUAACUUUGCAAACGUACGCAGUCAGUAUUUUUACAUCCCUGAACGUGCCCAUUAAUGAGUAUUACGCAACGCUAGGAUUGGGGAUUGCGCAAUUUUUUGGCAGUUUAGUUAGCAUCAUAUUAGUGAAAUGCUAUGGUAAACGAAUUAUGACAUUUGUGUCUUUGGGAUGCAUAGGAAUUUGUAACGUCGGUAUUGGUGUUUAUGGAUAUCAAACUAGGGUAAAAAAUUUAAGUUUAAUUAGCGAAGAUAUUGCAAGCGAUAAUUUUAAUGUAACAGACCAUCAGUGGGUUCCACUAAUAUUCCUAGUAUCGCUGUCCUUUUUUAGUCAUUGUGGUAUAAGGGUGCUACCAUGGAUUUUGUUGGGCGAAAUUUAUUCCCAUGAGACACGCGCAGUUGGAUGCGGACUGACAAGUGCGUGUUUUUACGCUUUUGGAUUUUUAGGAAAUAAGAUUUUUUUAAAUAUGAUAGACCUGUUAACUUUGCCGGGCGUUUAUUGGUUUUACGGUCUCAUUAGUUUUUUAGGAUGGCUCAUCUUGUACUUUGCGCUUCCCGAAACGGAGGGGAAGUCGCUGCAAGAAAUUAUAAACCACUUUUCAGGUAUUUCUAAAUUAGACAAUAAAAUCCGCAGGUCAUUAGAAGGGCGUAGCGUUUAGUUUCUUGUAAAUAAUAUACGUUUAAAUUUAUUUGUAUUUUCAGUGCUUUUUUUAAAGAAACAAAAUGGGUUGUUUACGGCUUGUAUGCAGUUUUGAACCAUGUUGGGACGAACUUAAAUGAUUAUCUGUCUGGAACGUUACAUGCCUUUACUGACUCUUCUAGCAGUUUUUGAUACUAUUUUGUUUUGAUAUUUUGGUCACUGUGUUGGGGAAAUUAAGAAGAAGUUGUCGAUGACAUUUUAACAAAUCCUACGGAAGGUACACAAUAAUUAUAAUGCUUUAAAGAAAACCAGGAAAAUCCAAUCAAACGGAGUGUCUGAGGAAAGUAUUCAAAAAAGGAAAAUGAACCAUCCGGGGUGAGACAUAUCUAGUAGUGAUCAAGGCAUGCUAUUCCGAAUUUGCAGGAACCUUCAGCGUUCAGCAUGUGUAACGGGAGCCCACUUUGCAUUUAAAUUUUUUCUAAAUUUUAUAUGUGGGAAAAAUUGGAUAUACCUAUACCAUUUUAUACGUAUAGUAGGCGCCGCGCGGUCAAAUUAUUAACGAUAAACGUACGCAUCUAGAACGCUUGGUUCUUACCAAUUUAGCAGGGGGCGAAACAGAAUUGAAGUGUAAACAAAAGAUGCUGGUAUACUAUUUGUUUGUGUUUUCCAAUAAAUCUCAAUUCGGAUACUCAGGAUUAACUUUAUUUGAGCUUAAAUCGAAUUACAACUUUACAACGUUCAUCAAAGUGUGUCUAAAAAUAGCUAAUGGCGAUCAACUUAAAAGUAACUAACUUCGUGUAGCCUACAAAACUACAACGUUGCCAAACUAACUAAAUUACGAUAUCAAACACUAUUGGUUUAAAAUUAUUUGGUGCAACAACAGAAACAGCACGGCCAAUCAUUGAAUAACAUUAACUAAGUACCAAAUUUUUUCUCUUAAAGAAAACAUAAUCUUCCAAAGUCCGUGUUACUUUCAUGAUUUAAACUGCACAAACAGAUUAAAUUGUUCUUGUUUGCAAAUUGAAAAUACCGAAAAAAAUUAAAUACCUGGGGUUAAUUAUUAAUACUAAAUUAUCUUGGAAGGAGUAUAUUAGUAAAUUAAAGCAAGAAAUGUUUCGUGUUUUUUUUUAGCUAUUUCGGGAUCUAUGCCCAUUUAGCAACAUUUUCAGUAAUUUAUUCAUUUACUCUAUAGGAAUUACACAGGACACACUCUACCUUGAAUUUGUAAAGGAGGGUAAGACAAAGGUUCAAUACAGAGGAUACAUCAUACAUAUCCAUGCACGCACACACCCUUAAAUAUUUAACCCGCUACGCAUUCAAUUACUAUAUCAUAAAUAAAUGCGCCAUUCGGAAAGUUAAGCAAUGGAUUUUCAGCAAUGGUUUGGAUAUGUGUAUUGAAAAAUCUUCAGUCGUAUUCUUUUCACGGAAAAGGCGAUAUAAUUUGAACCCUGUGGUUUUAGAUAAUACACUAUUUCAGGUCGUUAAAAGUGUUACAUAGGGAUCAGAUUAGAUUACAAACUAAGUUGGACGGAACAUAUACACAUGCUAACUAAAAAAUGUGAGCAAUCUCUGAAUAUUUUAAGAUUAUUGACUAGAGUGGGAUGGGGAAUCGAUUUUCCAACUGCAUUAAAGGUUUAUAAAGCACUUACAAGAAGUCUAAUAGAUUAUGGUUUGCACUUAUAUGGAGCAGCAUCAAAACCAAAUUUAAAAAGAGUCAUAGUCAUUCAAAAUAAAGCCUUAAGACACUGCAUUGGGGCUAUGAAGUCAACUCCGAGUUUCGAAUAAAGUAUUUGGCUUUAAAAUAUGUUACGAAAACAAUCUCCUUAAAACUGGAAAAUAUUUACAACUCACUACAAGAGCUUAUGUCCCACGAUUUAACCUCGGUUUUUUGGUCUAAAAAGAAGUCUCCUCCGCUUUCCGUGGCAAGCCUUUACCUUCACGAAUUAAAAAUUUCUCUUUGGAUACAAGAAAUUCCGGACGCUUCCUAUCACGAUCUUUACGUCGGAAGUCU